AUGGGUUCCUGGCUGGAUAUUCAGAAGCAAAACCGCACCCUGCAAAUCCUCCGCUCAGCAACUGAGGGCAAGUAUGGAGUCUUGGCCAUAAUCUGUUACAAUAUCGAGCACCUGACAGCCCUAGUCCGCGCUGCCGAGGCCAAGAAGUCUCCUCUCAUCCUUCAGCUCUUCCCCUCAACCGUCAGCCAGCUGCCGACUCUGGCAUAUGCAGCGGCGGCAGCAGUCAAGUCGGCAACUGUGCCGCUCUCGUUGCAUCUCGACCAUGCGCAGGAUGAAGCGCAGAUCAGAGAGGCUGCUGCAACUUUACCAUUUGACUCGAUUAUGGUGGACAUGAGUCACUAUGAGCAUGACGAGAACUUGGAAAAGACAAAAGCCUUGACGAGGGUUUGCCAUGACCGCGGCAUUGCCGUCGAGGCUGAGAGCGGGCGCAUUAAUGGAGGAGAAGAGGGCAUCGCAGACACGGGAUCUCUAGAAGCACUCUUUACUACGCCGGAGGAGGUCGAGGACUUUCUGGCUGCUGAGAUUGAUCUUCUCGCACCAAGCAUAGGCAACAUCCAUGGUGACUACGGCCCAGCCGGGCCUCAACUGGACUUUGACCGACUGUCCAAGGUUAACAGCCAGAUCAAUAACCGAGUGGUGAUGGCGCUGCAUGGGACCAAUGACUUUUUACCCGAGAUUAUGCAGCGCUGUAUCCAGCACGGUGCGGUAAAGCUGAACAUUAACAAGCUUAUCCUGGAGAGCUGGAAUGUCCAUGUGAGAGAGCACGCUCAAGAGCCGCUGAUGCAGCUCAUGGAUGGUGGUAUGGAAGUUCUUCAGGUCGAGGUUGAGCGAUGGAUGGAUAUCUGCGGCAGCAGCGGGAAAGCUUAG